AUGUUCGCACUCAGAGACUUCCUGGCCAUGAGCUUACCUUUGCGCAUUGCGACGCUUACUACCUUGUCCGCAUUACUAUUUGCGCAGCCGUCGAUACAACAGACGUACACGAAAUGCAACCCAACAGCACAAGGCGGAUGUCAACCCGACCCAGCGUUGGGCACAUCAAUAACAGCGGACUUCAGGAGCGGCGCUUCGAAUCAGUUCACAUCCUCUGGUAACGUCGCAUACAGCUCAAAUGGUGCAGCUUUUACCGUCGCCAAAUCGGGCGACUCGCCAACGAUCGAAUCGAACUGGUACAUCAUGUUUGGCAAGGUCUCUGUGACGAUGAAGUCAGCCCCGGGGACUGGUAUUGUCAGUUCAAGCGUACUGCAGUCAGAUGAUCUGGACGAGAUAGAUUGGGAAUGGGUCGGAGGAGCCAAUGAUCAGGUGCAGAGCAAUUACUUUGGAAAAGGUCAGACGACAACAUACGAUCGAGCGGCUGUGCAUGCUGUCACCAACACGCAAGGGCAAUGGCAUACAUAUACGAUCGAGUGGACGGAACAGCAAAUUGUGUGGCAGAUCGAUGGAACGACGGUACGAGUGCUUGGCUUCAACGACGCACAUGGGCAAUACCCACAAACUCCUUGCAAGGUCAAGAUUGGUAGCUGGUCCGGCGGCGAUCCCUCAAACCCUCAAGGCACGAUCGCCUGGUCUGGAGGAGUCACGAAUUACGCAGCUGGUCCUUUCACGAUGUAUGUUCAGAACAUUGCUGUGACCGACUACUCGACCGGCAAACAAUACACCUAUGGCGACAUGAGCGGUAACUGGCAAUCCAUUGAAUCGACUGGCGGGAGUGUGAACGGCAACAUCGGCGCUGCAUCUGGUACCGACACUGCAGCACCAGCUAUUACUUCGACUUCGUCCGGCAAUGUGAUACCGUUCGAUGGCACACACGCCGACUGCUCAACAUGUACCGCUCCCGGUUCCGGAGGCUGGACCGUCUCGACCGUCACAAGCGCCUCUGUGACAUACACCACAUACCCCGGCCUCCCAUCUGGAUGGACCGUGAAUGGUUCCGGAAAAGUCGUGCCUCCUAGUGCUGCACCUGUCAUCGACGUCCCAAUCCGCCUCGCCUGCAUUAUCGCCGGCGGCCUCACCGCUGGUUUCUUGUUCGGCUUCCGGAUAUGA